AUGGAUGAAGAGCCUGUAACUAAGUAUGUGUGUGCCUUCAUGCGUGAUGCACAUAUCAAGGGUUCUGUGAUCAAUAUCACCUUAGUUGGUGGGCUCAAUUUUAUCUUGAACAUGACGAUUGCGCUGGGUAAAUACAACAUUAAAGUGAACCUUGUGGCGCCUGAUAUUUUCAAAUCGGCGAUAACCUCCUCAUUGUUGGAGAAAGAUUGGUUAGACAAAGUGGUGAAGAAGACAUACCCACUUCAAACACUUGGUACCACAGAUCCAGCACUUACUUCUCUAAUUGUGUAUCUCAUUGGGGAUGAUUCAAAUUAUGUAACAGGUAAUGCAUUUGUGGUUGAUUCUGGUGGUGCAUUGGCAGGAGUUCCCAUCUACUCUUCCCUUUGA